CAAAAUAUUCAAUUUCAUUAAUAAUAAAGUAAAGGCAACAGAAGAAUUCCAAGGAGAAGAAAAGAAGAAAAUAAAAAAAUUAAAAUCAACGUUGAACAAAAACUCCUCCUCUCUCUCUCUCUCUUUCGCUUUCUCUCUCUGUUUGUUUGUGUGUCCUCAGCAGCAAUGGCACAAAGGAAACAAUCCAUAGUGUUAUUCCCAUUCAUGGCACAAGGCCACAUAAUCCCUUUUUUGGCGUUAGCCCUUCACCUAGAACAAAGAAAAAACUACAACAUCACAAUAAUCAACACCUCUUUAAACAUCAAAAAGCUCAGAACCUCUCUCCCACCACACUCCUCCAUCAACCUCCUUGAGAUCCCUUUCAAAAGCUCCGAUCACGGCCUCCCUCCCAACACAGAGAACACCGAUGUCAUCCCAUACAACCUCGUCAUUCGACUCCUCGAAGCAUCUACUUCUAUGAGACCAGCUUUCAACAAACUCAUCCAAAACAUCAUUGACCAACAACAACAACAACAACUAUGUAUCAUAGCUGACAUUUUCUUUGGUUGGACCGCAAGCGUCGCCAAACAACUCGGUGUCUUUCAUGUUAUCUUCAGCGGUUGUAGCGGUUAUGGCUUGGCAUGUUACUGCUCUCUCUGGAUGAACCUUCCCCACCGGCGCGUCGACUCCGACCAUUUUUCGUUGCCGGAUUUUCCAGAAGCGCGUGCUAUUCACAGGACGCAGCUACCCAACAAUAUAUCAGAAGCAGAUGGUGUUGAUCCGUGGUCUCUGUUCCAAAGCAAGAAUCUUUCCGAGUGGGUCAACUCGGACGGGUUUUUGUUCAACACGGUCGAGGAUUUUGACUCGGUUGGGCUGCGCUACUUCACCCGGAAGUUCGGCCGGCCGGCUUGGGCAAUCGGGCCGGUUCUCCUCUCGACCGGAAGCGGUUCGCGAGGGAAAGGAGGAGGAAUCAACCCUGAGCUUUGCCAUGAAUGGCUUAACACGAAGCCUUCGAAUUCGGUGUUGUUUGUUUGUUUUGGAUCGAUGAACACAAUCUCUGCUUCGCAAAUGAUGCAAUUGGGAAUGGCGUUGGAGCGCAGUGGGAAGAAUUUCAUUUGGGUUGUGAGGCCACCCAUUGGUUUUGACAUAAAUUCGGAGUUCAGAGCGGAAGAAUGGUUGCCAGAAGGGUUUAUGGAGAAGAUUAAGGAAUCGAAGAGGGGUUUGAUAGUGCAUGAUUGGGCACCCCAAGUGGAAAUUCUCUCACACGAAGCAGUGUCUGUGUUUUUGAGUCACUGUGGAUGGAACUCUGUGCUGGAAUCUCUUAGUCAUGGUGUUCCUAUUCUUGGGUGGCCUAUGGCGGCGGAGCAGUUUUUCAACUGCAAGUUGUUGGAGGAAGAGGUUGGUGUUUGUGUUGAGGUUGCUAGAGGGAAAAGCUGUGAGGUUAAGCAUGAAGAUAUAGUGGCUAAGAUUGAAUUGGUGAUGAACGAGACGGAGAAUGGAAUGAAGAUGAGGAAGAAAGCUGGCCUCGUUAGAGAUAUGAUAAGGAAUGCUUUGAAAGAUGAAGAUAGCUUUAAGGGGUCAUCUGUUAGGGCCAUGGAUGAGUUCUUAUCAGCUGCAGCAAUAGCAUACUGUCCAUAAAGGAGAAAAGAAAUGAGACUGAAUGAAUAAUUUGUUUUCCUGCAAUUUCUCUCAACCCCAUAAAGUUUUCAGUAUCAUAUUUCUUAUUUGAAGCUAUAUUUUCUACCUGAUGGAAUUCGAACCAGGGGCUACCCAUUUGUGGGAACACCCUUGGACCUUGGACCAUUGUGAUUGUGAUGUGUGUGCUUGUACUAAAUUAGUUUCGCAAAACUUUUAUGAUCAGCCAUUUAAUACAAUCACCCAUGGGUGGUUCGACUUCAGCCCGCAAAUGUUUUGUCGGCAGCUCUAUCAGACUAU